GUCCAUAGUUAGACAACAAUUACCAAAUACAAACGAAAGUGCUAUAGUGUCAAAAUUUUAAAAGUUUUUGGAUCUAGACAAGGCCUGAAACUACACAAGCUCCAUCUGUAAUUCUGUAUUCAUCCAUCCAUCUCCAGUCCUAUCUAAGCUAAACAGCUCCAGCAGGACCACCUUCAACACUGAAAAUUAAGGGCCAAAAGAUAAGGCCCCAUGCCUAUAUAUGGCUCAAAGGCGUCACAUGGCUGGAUUGCGGUGCAAGGAAGGACAACGAACAUCCUCUCAUCUCAAUCAAAUAAUGUCCACUAAAAAAAAGAAAAAAACUCAAUCAAAUAAUGAAUCAGAGGGGAAAACAGAACACAGAGAACGCUCUUAAAUUAUUCUAUCAAUCAAAUAAUGAACGGCGGAAAACACAGAUCCAUUCACAGGUAUGUGUAUGUCUACAGUGACUUUGUGGAUUUUUAAGAUCUGUCGAUUAAUGGUGCUCAUAGAAUAUAGGGUGUCUACGCGACUGUUCACGCAUACAUGUAUACGUGCAUUUAGGUAUUUUUUUUCUCGAUCGGGUGUUUAACCCGUAUUUCUGCAUUUAGGUAUUUAUUACUAUAUCUGAGGAGAAAAAAACAACCAAAGAUUUAGAGCAUAUUUAGAUCCCGCGUCUAGUGAUACGUAUAGGUGAUACUGAAGGUGGUGGUAAGCAGGGGCGGAGGCUCAUGAAGGCGAAACUAGGCCUCCGCCCCACCUCUCCUAUGUAACAACAUUAGUUUUCGUAGUGUAAAUCUUAGUUUUGAUAGCCUAUAAAAUGUAGUUGUAGUUUAUGCACUUAGCUAAUAUAACAAUAGUUUUUUACAAUUUGUCCCUCUUGCUUUUGAUCCACCUUUCGCUGCCGGUGGUAAGGAAGGGGCAGCGAUGUGGGUGGCAUGGGUUCUGUCCGAGCCACCUUCGUUGAGCAAUGUGAGAAUGGCCUCGUUGCGGUAGUUCAAUCCUGUAGUAGUGCUUCAUGAGCAAUGUGAGAGCGUUUGUAUUAAGAGCCUGCUUGGUCGAGCUCCUUCCGGUUCCAACUUCGUGCUACAAUGUCGAGGGUUUCAUUUGAAGAUGAGAGAAGGAUCUGUCUAUACAACACUCAGGUGUUUUACCAGCCUUGAACACUGGAUUUUUUUCUUCAUAUUUUCUUCUUCCUCCUGACGCACCACCACCGCUCGGUAGGGUCUUGUUGGAGCUCCACGGCCAUGGCCACUCAGCGUGGAGCUCCGACAAGACUCUACAACACCCACGCGGUGACCUCCAUCUUCCUCUCCCCUCGCCGGUCAUGGCCAUGGCCGUUCCCGCCCUGACCUAGUCUGGUCACCUCCUCCUCCGCUCGCUCUGACAGUGUCGCCACCACCUCCACCUCGCCGCCAUCUCUCUCGUCUCCACCACCUGGCCAGCCUACCUCCCUAAAAAGUCUUCUAAGCCCGCCGAAGAUGGAGAAGAAGAGGAGAGGAAGAAAAGAGGGGACAAUUAAGUGUGUCAAUACUUGAGUGUUGUAUAAUAUUUCUUAGAGAGAAAAAUGGCUUCGGCGAACAGUGUCUGAGUUGAUGUCGGAGUCCUAUAAACCCUUCCAAAUGGCCCUGAACUUAUUUGGAACGAGGAGAGAUUCUUAUAUUUUCCAAUCACCAAAAUACAAGAAUCCAACUAUCCACCUCAUUUCUAUUCUUUGAAGAUAAUACAUGUGAAACAACUCCAAACACCUAUAAUCUAGGGCUAUGAACCAAAUAAGAAAUAACUCAUAAUCUUUAGGAGAUCAAAUUCUUAUAUUUGAGUUUAUCUACUAAAUCUAUCAACAAUUUAGUAUUAUUUUUCUCUCAAAAUAAAUCGGCGAACAAAGCAUGGAUUUUCAAGCCAUCAGGCUUAAAAAGUCUUGCUCAACGCUUUGCCCCGUACUGCAUCCUUUUACUGCGUCUCUCCCAGACGAAGACAAACACUGCCGGACUGCCCUGAUCAAUUUGGCACGGUGGGCCACAUCACAGUGACCGAGGUCUACGAACACCUGGUCCAGUAGCAUCUGCUGAGCUUGGUGGUUAAUAAAAGCUUGUAACUACUCCGGUCUCCAUCAUCACUCUUCAAGAACGCUCUCUCGUUAACAUCGACGAGGGGAGGGGAGGGGAGGGGAGGCAGCUUCACCUCGAAAGCUCAGACUCGCAGGAUCCAACAAGAGAGCACGGUCAAGAUUAAUGUUGUGGGAUUACACUCAGGCAGAUGGUUGAAAAGGGGUGUGAGAGGUGCAAGGAGUGGCAGGAGCACUACUACUGGGAGCACAUGGAUGUCAGCAAGAUCCGCUUCUUCAAGCGCAUGACAGGAGAUUUUGCUCAUCGCACUCAGAUAAGUGUCAGCGGUAGGCUACUAGGCUACUCUGUCAAAGAACCACAAUUUACCAUCAUUACACAACAAAGCAUACCGGAGAAGUUUGUGAAGAAAUUCAAUGGGCAGAUCACCGAAGGUGUUGACAUGAAAACACCCAGUGGUGAAACAUGGCACGUUGGUGUAGCCAAGAAUCAGGAUGAACUAUUCUUCGUGUCUGGAUGGGAGGACUUUGUCAAGGCACAUGAACUGAAGGAGAAUGACCUCCUUCUCUUCACAUGCAGAGGCAGCUCUUCCUUUCAGGUGGUCAUCUUUGAAGGGAGUGGCUGUGAGAAAGUGUCUUCUGUUUUUGGAAACAGAUUUGGUCCUAAUAUGUGGAGACAUUUCAAUGAUAUGGAGGGCAAGGAAGCUGAGUGUUACUCCCAAAGUGAUUCUGAGGAUACUGCUACACCGCCGCAUCAGCUAGUUCAAUCCCCUCACAAUGCUUCUACUUCAAAGAAAUCUAUUUGCAAGAGUAAGCUAAGGAAACAACCUGAAUCUCCAAACAGUAAUAGUGACUAUGAUGUCAAGCAACAAGGAACCCGUGAAGAGGAUAGUGAUAGUGACAACGAAUACACUGACUUCAAGUACUACUACUCGAGGACUGCCAAUCGACUGAGCAAUGACGAAAAAAGUAAAAUAAUCAGUUUGGCUUCGAUCCAACCUGACAAUCCUGCGUUUAUUACUGUCCUACAGAUGACCAAUGUCCGCCCUAGGAACAACUCUCUGACCAUCCCCAGACAAUUUGCUGCUGAUCAUCUUGAGGAGAGAUCACAAGAGAUCAUACUUCGUAGGCCAAACAGGAAAGACAAGUGGUAUGUCAGGUACUAUUACACGACAGCCAUCCGAAGCCUUAAAAGCUACCACUGGUCCAAGUUUGUGCGCGAAAACAAGCUUCGCGAGGGUGACAUCUGCGUCUUCGAACUGAUGAAAGGCGCAAAGAGGGUUACUAUGAGUGUUCACGUCAUCAAGAAGGUUGAAAACCGGUUUGUUCUGUUAGGAUAAGUUCUUAUAUAUUUGCUGUACUGUAUUGUAAAUAUCCUCCUGGAGAAUGCAUAUGUACAGGUCUAGUUUCUGAAACUGAAACUGAAACUAGAGGUGUCUGGAGUGAACUUUUGUGUCCUGUCAGGAGUAGGGAGGGUACUAGAACAACCAGUGGCGUUUGUGAUAGAUGUUCCUAAGAAAAUGGCGCCCUAAGCUAGAAUGAUCUCUGUCCAGUGCAGUGCCCGGGUAGUCUCUGUCCAGACAUUUUGUUUCAGGCCCGGGCAGGUUCUGUUCUGGAGUUGAGUUCAGUAGAAGGUUUGUUGAUGUUGUAGUGAUUGUGAAACUAGUUGCAGUUAUUAUAUAUAUGCUUCUCAUGCAUUUGUGUGA